AAUUAAGCUCCCCUAGCCGGCCAUAUUCCUUGAGAGAAGCUCUGGCUCAGGCAUAGUCUUCUAGGAUUGGAGCUUCUGCACAAGCACUUCGAGAAUCUUUGCACCCGAUAUUGAGACAAAAAUUGCAGCUUUGGGAAGAAAACUUGAGUGCUUCUGUCAAUCUCCAGGUUUUGGAAAUAACAGAGAAAUUUUCCAUGAUGGCUGCCUCCCAUAGCAUCUCUACUGACUAUGGAAAACUUGAUUGUAUCACAGCCAUAUUAAUGAGCUUCUUUUCCCGAAAUCAACCUGUGUCUUUCUGGAAAGCUUUGUUUUCUGUCUUCAACAAUGUCUUUGAUCUUCAUGGAGGAACUCUAAUGGCAAGGGAAAAUGAUCGUUUCUUAAAGCAAGUGACUUUCCAUCUACUUCGACUUGCAGUUUUCCGAAAUGAAAGCGUCAGGAAAAGGGCUGUUAUUGGGCUCCAGAUACUUGUGAAGAGUUCCUUCUAUUGCUUCAUGCAGACAGCGAGGUUGAGGGUCAUGCUGAUUAUCACAUUAUCAGAGCUGAUGUCUGAUGUGCAAGUGACUCAGAUGAAGCCUGACGGAACGCUAGAGGAAAGUGGUGAAGCACGACGGCUUAGAAAGUCUUUGGAGGAAAUGUCAGAUGAAGGUAAAAGGCCCAACCUAUUGAGGGAGUGUGGACUUUCUGAUAGUGCUCUGGUAACAAUUCCAGAAAGAUCGGAAGAGAACAGGUGGUCCUGGUCAGAGGUGAAAUAUCUCUCUGAUAGUCUUCUUCUUGCCCUUGAUGGAAGCUUGGAGCAUGCACUAUUGGGAUCUGUGAUGACUAUGGAUAGAUAUGCAGCUGCUGAAAGUUUCUACAAACUUGCAAUGGCAUUCGCGCCCGUCCCAGAUCUUCACAUAAUGUGGUUGCUACAUUUAUGUGAUGCAUAUCAGGAAAUGCAGUCUUGGGCUGAAGCUGCCCAGUGUGCUGUGGCUGUUGCUGCUGUUGUGAUGCAGGCCCUUGUGGCUAGAAAUGAUGGUGUUUGGAGCAAGGAUCAUGUAACUGCUCUUCGUAAAAUUUGCCCAAUGGUGAGCAAUGAGAUCACAUCAGAGGCUUCUGCUGAUGAGGUAGAGGGAUAUGGUGCUUCAAAGCUCACAGUUGACUCUGCAGUGAAGUACCUUAAGCUUGCUAAUAAGCUUUUCUCUCAAGCUGAGCUCUAUCACUUCUGUGCCAGCAUUCUUGAGCUUGUAAUUCCAGUUUAUAAAAGCAGGAGGGCAUAUGGGCAGUUGGCUAAAUGUCACACAUUACUCACUACUAUCUAUGAAUCAAUUCUUGAGCAGGAAUCAAGCCCAAUUCCAUUCACUGAUGCCACAUACUAUCGGGUGGGAUUCUAUGGUGAUAGAUUUGGGAAGCUUGAUAGAAAGGAGUAUGUAUACCGGGAGCCCCGUGACGUUCGGCUAGGUGACAUAAUGGAGACACUUAGUCAUAUAUAUGAGUCUAGGAUGGAUGGCAAUCACAGUUUACACAUUAUUCCAGAUUCGAGACAAGUGAAGGCAGACGAAUUACAGCCUGGAGUCUGCUACCUGCAGAUAACUGCUGUUGAUGCAGUAAUGGAGGAUGAAGAUUUGGGAAGUAGAAGGGAAAGGAUCUUUUCACUUUCCACUGGAGAUUUCAGUCCCUCACUGCAGAAUUAUCCCAUUACAUCCCUGCCAUUCUCUCGCAGCUUUGACAAUGUUGUAGCAUUAUUUGUUUUUGGUUCUGCUUGAUGUGUCCAUAUUAUUUGUUUUCUUAUUUUAUUAUUAUUUUUUUUCGAUGAUGUACAAAUAUGCGUAUACUAACUUUAGUAGGUGAUGUUUAGAAAAUGAAAAUUGCUAGUCUCUCUCUCUCU